GUGGAGGAAGAAGAAGGUUCACUGCGAUAAUGGCUGAAGUUGCUCCUGUCGCCGCUGCUGCUGCGGCCCCCAAAGGUACCGCGAAGAAGGCGGCCCUGAAGUCCCGCAAGGCCUCGGGCCCCAGCGUGACGGAGCUGCUGACCCAGGCGGUGACGGCGUCCAAGGAGCGCGGCGGCAUCUCCCUGGCCGCGCUGAAGAAGUCACUGGCGGCCGCCGGCUACGACGUGGAGAAGAACAACAGCCGCAUCAAGCUGGGCCUGAAGAGCCUGGUGACCCGGGGGAUCCUGCUGCAGACCAAGGGCACGGGCGCCUCCGGCUCCUUCAAGCUCAAUAAGAAGCAGGCGGACAACAAGGACAAGGCGCCCAAGAAGCCGGCGGUAGCGGCGAAGAGUAAGAAGCCCGCCGCGGCCAAGGUGAAGAAGGCUGUAGGAGGUGCUGGGGCCAAGAAAAGCGUCAAGAAAGUUGCCAAGAAGCCGGCGGCAGGAGGCGCCAAGAAGGCAGCCAAGAGCCCCAAGAAGUCCAAAGUCACCAAGCCCAAGAAGACAACGAAGAGCCCCGCCAAAGCUCUGAAGCCGAAGGCUAAAGCCAAGCCGAAGGCAUCCAAGCCCAAACUCGCCCCUAAGAAAAAGUGAAUUAACGUUUCUACUGGGGGGCGUCAUUUAACACAAACGGCUCUUUUAAGAGCCACCCACAAUUUCUGCGAAAGACUGAAAUCACUGCCCUGAUCGGCUUCUCUCCCAAGUUGUCGAAAUUGAUUGCUUUUAUGGUUACGUAUUACUAAAUGAGAUAACAUUAAAUAGUGGCAGCGUGAGCGAGCGGCCGUAAAACGCUGCAUUAAGACUCCAGUCUUUAAGAGGGGUGGGUUCGGAUCCCGCUGCCAGUUAUUUAUAUUUGCUUCCUUAUUUACAUUUGUGCUCACAACAAAGGGGAUGCGGUUUUUUUCUUACCAUAGGGUCUACUGCUAAUUCAAUUUAAUUGCUAAUUGCAAUUUAAUGGAAGAAUAAAGUUUUAGGAGAAAACGGCAGGUGCGGUGCGAGGGAUCAACAGCGCAUUUAGAACACUGCUUUGGUCAUACCUGGCACAUAUUUUUACAUUCCUGAUUCAUGGUCGGUUCGUACUGCAGGUUUGAUGCUUAGGCUGCGUACUGCUAUUUUUAAAAAAAUACACCCUAACUGCCAACAUGCACCGACGAGGAUGGGAUUCGAACCCAGGCGUGCAGAGCACAAUGGAUUAGCAGUCCAUCGCCUUAACCACUCGGCCACCUCGUCGCGGCUGUUGCUCGUGAUCGGGCUGUUAUCCUGGCCAGGUUCACCUGUUAUUCACCUCUCAGUUUUACCUAUAUCAUUUUCAUUAGGUUUAAGGGGAAACGGGGGGUGACUUGGAAGACUUCAUAUCCACUGUGUUAACACUGGUUCAUUUGCUCCUGAUACUUAACUCUCUUUCGCAGUGCUGGUCCACAGAUGCUUGUUCAAAAAUGGGUAUUCAGACGUGCAACGAAUUGCUAUUUCUUUUAAAAAAGCUGGUCUCUUCCUUUUCCCUCCUUGUCGUCCCCCAGCCCAUUUCUUUUCUCUUUAUUUGCAAAUGAAAAGUGCUCUUCCGUCUUCUUUCAGCAAGUGCUCAGUAAAUAACUUAAAUACUACUUGUAAUGGCAUGGCAACGAUUCAUUUCUUUUUAGCUUCAUGUCCUCUUGUUUUUUCUUGAAGUGGCAUAGUAACUCUUUAAAAAAAUGAAAUAAAGUGUCCACACAAAAC